UUCUGUGCGACAAAAUGAACGGAUUUCAGGCAUAUAUUAUAGCUGCGUUGACAGCUUCAUGCUACGGGGGCACCCAGCAGUGGACACCAUACAACAAUUUAAACUUGCAAGCUUAUAUGCAGCAAGAUCAACAGCUGCAGCCAAACGAAUAUUCUGGUAGUUUAGACGAUCAUGCUGACCAGGGUGACUACGAUACCAAUUACAAUGGCCACGACCUACAGCCACAUUCAUACCCCGUACACCAACACGUCGAAGAAGAAAACCCAGAACCAAUUAAGCACUACAAAGAAGUUAUCGUACCUUUACCGAAGAACGUGGAGUUUAGGAUUAAUCAGCCAGUCUUAAUUCCUGUCCCACAUCCAGUACCAAUCCAAGUUCCCGUUCCAAAAGCAAUUGUCAUUCCAAUCAUAAAAGAAGUAUCUAUCCCAGUGGAAAAAUCCGUUCCAUAUCCAGUAGAAAAGAUUGUUCACGUACCGAAGAUCAAAGAAGUGCCAUUUGAGGUCAUCAAACACAUUAUAGUGCCUGUUGAGAAACCAAUACCUUUUAAAGUCCCUGUGUAUGAAACUAUUAUACACACGAAAAAGGGCUCGCAUAAGCUUCGUUGAUUGGUUAGUUACCCUUUUAAUUGAAUUCUAAUGUUGAUAGCUCACUAAUACUUUCAUAAUAAAGUAUUUUUUGGAUCAGGUAAUGCAUUAAUAGAAAAUCAUAUUGCGAGAAUCUAUUUCAAAUUUUAUUGUCUGUGAAUGAUCAUUGCUUAAAAACACGAUAUCGGAACUUCUGAUUUGCAUAAUAUAAAUGUACAGUUAAAAGUAUAGUGUCGUUUAAUGCUGUUAAGUGCUGCUUUUUGCUGUUAUAUUAUUUCUGAUCAGCAAAACUGACUGAUUGUUAUCCCACUCCUGUUGUUGUAUGUUUUGUGUGUGAAUGUGUUGUAAAUAUUGUUAUCUUGUUGUAAUUAGUUUUAAGUGUUAAUAAAUUUGUAAUCAUGUU